CUGGAUUCUAUCCUCUCCCAUUCCAUUCCGCUUUUCCAACUAACUCAAAUCAAAUUUUCUGGUUCUUGAAUCUUGACAGACACGCCUUCUGCCUUUUCUUCUUCAUAUACCCAUUUUUCUUCUUUGCUUCUGAUCAAAGUUCCAAUCUUUCUUCACUUUACAUGCUCAAGAAUCCUGCUUUAGUUUGUUUCUUCACUCCCUAAUCGUUGGGAAGUUGUAAUUUGUGGCCCUUCUGAUCCAAUGGGUGUCUGCCAUGGGAAACCAUUUGAACCUCCACACAGAUUCUGUGAAGACUCAACAAUUCCCAGGGAGAAAGAUAAUGCAUUGAGUGGUACUCAUUCUGGGAAAACGCCUAAGUUCCCAUUUUACACUCCCAGCCCACUGUCCAGUGCAUUCAAGAAUUCACCUUCCAACUCUACCCCUCUGCGAUUCCUCAAGAGGCCCUUCCCUCCACCCUCACCAGCAAAGCAUAUAAGGGCAUUGCUUGCUAGGAGGCACGGUUCGGUGAAGCCCAAUGGGGCCACUAUCCUGGAAGGGAGUGAGUUUGACAUUGGAUUGGACAAGAGUUUCGGGUUUUCCAAGAAUUUCGCGAGCCACUUUGAGCUUGGAGAAGAAGUUGGAAAGGGGCAUUUUGGGUAUACUUGUUCUGCAAGGGGAAAGAGAGGGAGCUUGAAGGGUAUGGACGUUGCAGUUAAAGUCAUUCCGAAAGCAAAGAUGACUACAGCUAUAGCUAUUGAAGAUGUACGGAGAGAAGUGAGAAUACUGCGUGCUUUAACGGGGCAUAGAAAUCUAGUACAUUUCUAUGAUGCAUAUGAAGAUGAGGACAACGUUUAUGUUGUAAUGGAAUUAUGUAAAGGGGGAGAGUUACUGGAAAGGAUUCUUUCUAGGGGUGGAAAAUAUACAGAAGAAGAAGCAAAAGCUGUUAUGGUACAGAUUUUACGCAUUGUAUCGUACUGUCAUCUUCAGGGAGUGGUUCACCGUGAUCUAAAGCCUGAGAACUUUCUGUUUACAUCAAACGAUGAGCAUUCUCCUCUGAAGGCCAUUGACUUUGGACUUUCUGAUUAUGUAAAACCAGAUGAGAAGCUAAAUGACAUUGUUGGGAGUGCAUAUUAUGUAGCACCUGAAGUUUUACAUAGAUCAUAUGGAACAGAAGCUGACAUGUGGAGUGUAGGCGUUAUUGCUUAUAUUAUUUUAAGUGGAAGCAGACCAUUCUGGGCACGGACUGAAUCUGGAAUCUUUCGGGCCAUUCUCAAGAUCGAUCCAAGCUUUGAUGAAGCCGCAUGGACGACUUCGUCCUCUGAUUCAAUAGACUUUGUAAAGAGCUUGCUGAACAAGGACUACCGCAAGAGGCUAACAGCAGCUCAGGCUCUAUGUCAUCCAUGGUUGGCUGGUCAUCAUGACGUGAAGAUACCUCUGGACAUGGCAAUAUACAAGCUUGUAAAAGUUUACAUACAUUCCUCAUCUCUAAGAAAAGCUGCAUUGGGAGCUCUGGUCAAGACAUUGACGAUACCACAACUGGCUUACCUCAAAGAACAAUUUACAUUAUUAGGGCCAGGCAAAAAUGGGUGUAUAUCGCUACAAAACUUCAAAACGGCCUUGGCCGUUUACUCAACCGAUGCAAUGAUGGAUUCUAGGGUCUUCGAAUUCGUUAACACGGUGAGUUGUCUCCAAUACAGGAAGAUGGAUUUUGAAGAGUUCUGUGCAGCAGCAAUAAGCGUCCACCAGCUAGAAGGAAUUCAAAGUUGGGAACAACAUGCUCGACGUGGCUAUGAGUUUUUUGAAAAAGAUGGAAACAGGCCUAUUGUAAUCAAUGAACUUGCCUCGGUAAUCUCUUGGAAACUCUUCUUAGAGCUGAGUUAGGCGCAAUACGUGUUUUUAACAACAUUUGCCACAACAUAUUCAACAACUUACACAUAUAUUGAUGAAAACGGA